AUGCUACUCAAAUCCAUCCUGACCCGGAUGAGACUGCCCAGCGCAGAUAGAGCCGUCUCCAAUGUAUGGAUCAAUGACGACAUCCGUCCGUUGGAGCCAGAGCGUCGAACAUGGAACACUAUGACCUUUAUAUCUUUCUGGUUAGUGAACCAAGUUGCCAUAUCCAACUGGCAGCUGGGCGCUUCACUUGUCGCCACCGGGCUUAGUGUCUGGCAAGUCAUUAUAGCUACCUUGAUCGGCAAAGUCAUCAUCAGCCUGGUCGCAAUAUUCAAUGGCUAUACAGGCGCUGAAUGGCAUAUCGGCUUCCCUGUCGUCUCAAGAUAUAUCUGGGGUCCAUACGGAUCCUUCAUCGCCAUCGUCCAGAGAAUUAUCCUCAGUCUAGUCUGGUUCUCUGUGCAGUCGUGGACAGGCGGUCUCUGCAUCUCUGUCAUCUUGUCAGCAAUGUUCCCCAGCUUCCAAAGACUCGGAAACGUAUUUCCCGAAUCAUCUCAUCUCGAUACGAAGCAGUUUGUUGGCUGGAUUCUUUUCAAUGUCUCUAUGAUACCAGUUCUCUGGAUCCAUCCUCAUAAGAUCAAGAGAGUCCUCCUCAUUUUCAACAUUAUCGCGUCGGUCACGCUAAUCUCCAUCAUGAUUUGGUCCCUUGUUGAAGCCAAAGGGGGCGGCCCUCUGCUUUCCGAGAGUGCGACGCCAAUGAGCUCCCAUGACCUUGGCUGGGCUAUCACGUCUGGCGUGACAACUGUCAUUGGUGGCAUAGCAGUAGGACUGACGAAUGCAAAUGAUUACACCCGAUUUGCUCAAAAGCCUGGUGAUCAGGUGUUUGGGCAGUGGUUUUCCAUUAUCUUUUUCGGCACACUCUUUCCUCUCUUUGGCUGCCUCGCAGCAUCAGCCACUCAGGGAAUCUGGGGCGAGGCCAUCUGGAAUCCCCGUAAGUACAACUCUAGCGCCCUCUGGUGUAUUCUAUCAUCACUAACAUGUAUCAACUAUGAAGCCCUAAUCUGCCAACAGUGGCUUGACAGAGACUACUCUUCUGGUUCAAGAGCCGCUGCAUUAUUUGCAGGCUUAGGCCUUGUUAUGUGCCAGAUUGCCAUCAACGUGGUUGACAACGCAUAUAGUGCUGGCAUGGAUCUCGCCGGUCUAGUCAGCUCCUAUAUCAACAUCAGGCGAGGUGCAUUUAUUGCUCUAGUCUUGAGCGUUGCCAUGUGCCCAUGGGAGCUUCUUUCUUCAGCCAGCGUCUUCAUCUCAGUCCUGUCUGCAUACAGUGUCUUUCUUGGGCCGAUCAUUGGCAUUCAAGUCUGUGAUUACUGGCUGAUCCGUUCUCGUCGCAUUAAGUUGUCCGAUCUCUACAACCCUGGCCUUACCAGCAUCUACUAUUUCACUUGUGGCUUCAACCCUAGGAGCUUCAUUGCUUGGUUUCUUGGCUUUGCGACCCAAUUGCCUGGAUUUGCUGCAGGUGUGACCCCUGACAAAGUCAAGGUUGGUGAGGCCUGGCAUGAACUGUUUUAUCUUGCAUUCCCGCUGGGGUUUGCCAUCUCAUUCACUGCCCAUUACGUUAUCAAUCGUGUGUUCCCGCCCGCUGGUUUGGGACUUGUUGACGACGUGGACUACUUUGGGUCGUUCACUGAGGCUGAAGCCAUCAAGCUAGGUAUGGGCCUAGGAUCGGAGGGAAGUGAGAAAGACGCUGUCAUUCAAGGUGUGCCUGUCCAAACAAAGAGUUAG